UGCGUUCAUUUAACACAGUGAGUUCUUGAGGGACGCGUUCAUUCCCCCCAGGAGCGACUAUGAGCGGUUCUGAUGGAUUCGUUUAUACUCCACUCAGUAUAUAGAGAGAUGGACCGAUUCAUUUUUUUGACUACUUCUGACACUAUUAUUGGAAAUUAUAAUGAAUAAGAGUUAAUAUCACUAACAAAAUGACCUGGUGAUACUUUCCCCAGCAAUCGUCGGCUGGAUUGUGCUUUCAUCGAGCAACUUUCAUCAAAGAGCUUUGGAUCACUGGAAACGAUUUUUGUUACGAACUUACAUUUUACGAACCACAACAGAACAAAAACUGUGAUUAAAACAAAUGCUUUGUUUUAUUGCUUGCAUGCUGAGGCACGAUCGCGUGAGAAAUGAUUGCUGUUAAUACCGAGUGUAUAACUAUGGUGAGAAGAUGCCUUCUGACGUUCAAACCUUUCAGGAUUUUUGUGGCAGGCAUCGGUUUCUUCAGUCUGUGCUUCUUAAUGACCUCUCUAGGGGGACAGUUCUCGGCCAAGCGGCUGGGCGAUGCCCCAUUCAGCAUCCGAACUGAAGUGUUGGGUGGUCUAGAGUCUCGUGGUGUCCUGAGAAAGAUCAGCGAUAUGUUGGAGAUAAUCAUGAAGAGGAUUGACACCCUAUCAAAACUGAGCAACAGCAGUGAGUCCCAAAGACUGGAGGAGUUGAGCUCUGCUCUUCACAGGUUCCAGCCGGUAGGUCUGGUGGAGCGGAUCCAGGCCAUUGCCCAGAAUGUGUCCGACAUGGCUGUACGAAUGGAGCAGAUUCUCAAGAAGACUAAUAUCCCAGGCAGAGGGCGAGAUGGAGUUAUGAGCCAGUGUGAAGUCCCGAAGGAUCCUGGGUACCCAGAUUGCGCAAGUAAAGUUGAUUGGAUGAGAGCCAGAUGGACAUCGGACCCUUGCUACGCCUUUUAUGGAGUGGACGGCUCAGAGUGCUCUUUCCUCAUCUACCUCAGUGAGGUGGAGUGGUUCUGCCCCCCACUGGCCUGGAGGAACCAAAGCAGCCACCUCACAAUCAGUCGCCCACCAAAGAGACAGGCAUUUCUCCGCUCUGAUUUGGCUCUUCUAUUGGAGCAGGUCGGUUCAGGAAAAGAAUCUUUAAGCUUCAUGAGGAGACGUAUGCGCAGAUUGGCUGCACAGUGGGCUGCAGCUGCCCAUAGACUUGAUGAGCGCCUGCGCAGUCAGUACAGAGAACAGAAGAGGAUUCUGGUUCAUGUGGGUUUUCUGACUGAGGAAUCUGGUGAUGUAUUCAGUCCAAAGGUGUUGAAGGGAGGGCCGCUUGGAGAGAUGGUUCAAUGGGCAGACAUACUCUCCACUCUUCAUGUGCUGGGACAUAACCUCCGGAUAUCCCUCUCAGUGAAAGAGCUUCAGGGGUCCCUAGGUGUGCCUCCAGGAAGAGGAAGUUGCCCUCUGAUCGGUCCAUUGCCCUUUGACCUCAUCUAUACAGAUUACCAUGGCCUGCAGCAGAUGAAACAGCACAUGGGCCUUUCCUUUAGACAACACAGGUGCCACAUCCGGGUGAUUGACACCUUCGGCACAGAGCCAGCUUAUAAUCAUGAGGAGUACGCCACAAUGCAUGGCUACAGGACCAACUGGGGCUACUGGAACCUUAACUGCAAGCAAUACAUGACCAUGUUCCCACACACCCCUGAUAACUCCUUCAUGGGUUUUGUGACCGAGGAAGUAAACCAGACUGCAAGAAUGAACAUACAGAAAGACAAAGUCAACAACAUGGCUGUGGUUUACGGCAAAGAGGCCAACAUGUGGAAGGGUAAGGAGAAUUUACUGACCAUCUUACACCAUUACAUGGACAUACAUGGUACAGUCUACUAUGAGGUGCAGCGCCCCCCAGAGGUGCCUGCAUUCGUCAGAAACCACGGCCUGCUGCCCCAGAACGAGUUACAGCAGCUUCUGAGAAAGGCAAAGCUCUUUAUGGGAUUCGGCUUUCCCUACGAAGGCCCCGCCCCUUUAGAGGCCAUAGCCAAUGGCUGCAUAUUCCUGCAGCCAAAGUUUGAUCCUCCUCGCAGCUCCCUUAACCAUGAGUUCUUCAGAGGGAAGCCCACUUCCAGAGAAGUGUCAUCUCAGCAUCCUUAUGCUGAGCAGUACAUCAGCAAACCUCACGUCAUAACAGUAGACUUCAACAACUCUCAAGAGUUUGAGGCUGCCGUUCGAGAUAUCCUCAAAGCCAAGGUGGAGCCCUUCAUACCGUAUGAGUUCACUUGUAAAGGCAUGCUGGAGAGAGUGAAUGCUUAUAUUCAACAUCAGGAUUUUUGUCACCACAGUGGUCCAUUUCCUGCAAUCAAUGAAUCCAAAUCAUGGCCAGGGAAUCCACCUAGCCCAUUACUCCAGCUGUCUAACUCCACAGCUCUGAUCUGGGCACCCAACAUCUCUGCUCCGGCCUGCUGGCCUCCUCUCAGUGCCCUGCGGCUCCUGCUAUCUCCAGAAGCUUUGUCCUGUGUGAAAACCUGCCAGGAUGCUGGUUUAAUCUGUGAGCCAGCUUUCUUUCCUUUCAUCAACAAUAUGGAAGCCUUCAAUGGGCUUAAUGCUCACUGUGAGUCUCUAGAAUCUGAGAAGAAUCAUGUGUAUCCAGCCAUACAUGUCGACAGAAGAGAGUGUUUCCUGCAGAAAGAGCCGUUGCUGUUCAGUUGUGCUGGGUUCAGUGGCAAACACCGGCGGCUUUGCCCAUGUAGAGACUUCCUCCAUGGCCAGGUGGCGCUAUGCAGGGACUGCCUAUGAGCUCUGACCAUAGACCUUUGGAGAUGUCUGUGGUAAACUGAUGCCAGUCCUGUGCAGUCAAACAUAUUGGCAUUCCCAGAAACGGUGGUAUUAGCAGGUUAAUGGGAAUUGCUGGCCUGGGAUCUCUGGCAUCAAGCAUGAACCUUUUUCCAGAGAAGUGUUUUUACUCCUGGUUCCUUUUUGCACUUUGAUCCAAAGCAAAACUUAGAGUUCAGAUAAACUUCUGAAUAUGGUAAACAAGAUAACACCCUGAUGUUUUGGGAUAUGCACCAUCUUUGGAGUCUAUCUAAACAAGCUCGGCUGGUCUUUGUACAGAAAGUACUUAAAGCAGAAAAUAAAUGCAAAUGACAGUUUUGAGUUUGGAAUUACUCUUUGAUUCAGGUCAGGCUUCAGAAUCUGUAGUUUUAGGUAAGCUGAUAGUGCUAGAAUUGCACAUGAAUUUAAGUCAACAUGAAACUGUAUUUUGAACCCAUCUUACCUCCUGUAAUUUGAUGUAUUUCUAAAUUAAAUAGAAUUUCAAUGGAAGAAAUUGGAGUGUGGGACUUUAUUUUAUCCAUUAAGAAUUGAUUGGAUCAUGAAAAAUUAGCAUUCCCUUCCAGAAUGUAGCCAGACCUGAAUAUGAGUUUGUGGUCGAUUGUGGUGGAGGACCCACUUUUGAAGAGCUUUUUUGAUUGGACUGAUCUCACAGUGAAAUCGGAAACAGUAGGUUGAAAAUAAAAGAGAUGUAGAAUUAGAGUGAGCUCCCUUUACACAGCUACUGAAAAACCAAAACAAAUGAGCACCAACAAGUGCUUUGGACAAAAUGAGAAAAAAAAAAAAAAAAAAAAGUACUAUUGUGUUUUUAAUAUCAAAAAGAAUCAAUCCAAUCUUGAGCUAAAAUCAGUCUGUACUUACAAUCAGUCUGCCCCCAGUGGCCAAAGCAGUAAGUGUUUUUGGGAGUACUGGCAUGUGUGUGCUCCAUUUUCCAGGUGUAAUGUCCACAGAGGGGCACCAAAAGUGAGUUUAAAGCUAAUUGUUUUCAGCCAUACAGGCUGCUAUACAGUGAAGAGUAAUGUAUAUUUUAACUGAACCCCCCAAACCUAAACCUAACCAUCAGUGGAGUAAAAAUUGAAUGUUAGAUGAGGGAAUAAUGUAACUGCCGAAUCACGCUCGUCACUGAUUUUGUGAAUGCAAUUACUUCCUGGUUAAUUUUAACUAGCCUGCACGGCUUAGGUGAAAGUCCCUUUAAUAGCGGAGGAAAGUUGCUUCAAUAGUGGAGCAAGUUAUUACAUUUUGUUUUUUUAUUAUUUAAAUAAUAUGGACUGAUGCAUUGUGCACAAUAAGAUCAGCAAUGUGUAUUAAAAAAGUAAACAGGGUCAAUUUUGAUUUCAUUUUGACUUUAGGUUUGUGUGAAAAAAAAAAAACUGAUCUGUGCUACAAAAAACAAAAAACAAGAAUUAUUGACAG